CUGAAGUAACAUCACCAAUAUCAUUGAUGGAAUGGUAUUUAAAUUUCUAUAAAAUGGCAUUGAAAUCAAAACCUUGUCCACUAGAGGGAAUUUGUAAAGCUGGUGAAAUUAUUUUUGUGCCAAAUGGUUGGUGGCAUUCUGUUCUGAAUUUGGAUGAUUCUAUUGCAAUUACACAAAAUUUUGUUGGAACCUAUAAUUUAAAAAAUGUUUUAAAAUUUUUACAUGACAAACCUGAUCAAGUAUCAGGAUUUUCUAAAUCAAUUUGGUCAUCAUCACUUGAACAGGUUUAUGAUAUUUUCUAUGAAAAAUUAAAAAAAUAUUAUCCUAAUCAAUUAUCAUUAUCAUCAAUAAUAACAAACAAUGUUGGGAUAAAUAAAUAUAAUCACAGAGCCAAUCUUUCAAUUUUAGAGUUACCCAUUCAAUACCCAGAGUUAAUGUUAAUAAGGAGAAGCAUUCCUAACAUAUCUCCAAAAGGUGAGGCUUUAUCAAAGAGACCUACCUUGUCAUAUGUCAAUGCUGGUAAUCAUCAACAUUGA